AUGGCUGCUGCUAGGACUCUUCGCAUAGGUCUCAUCCCCGGUGACGGUAUCGGACGGGAGGUCAUCCCGGCCGGUAGACGAAUCCUCGAAUCUCUCCCCGCUUCCCUGAACCUGAAGUUCAACUUUGUUGACCUCGAUGCGGGUUACGACUGCUUCAAGCGCACCGGUUCCGCUCUGCCCGACAAGACCGUCGAGAUCCUGAAGAAGGAGUGUGACGGUGCUCUGUUCGGAGCUGUCAGCUCUCCUUCCACCAAGGUCGCCGGUUACUCCUCCCCCAUCGUUGCCCUCCGCAAGAAGCUCGACCUCUUCGCCAAUGUCCGCCCCGUCAAGACCACCGCCGGAACCAGCGCCGGCAAGCCCAUUGACCUCGUCAUUGUCCGGGAGAACACUGAGGAUCUAUACGUGAAGGAGGAGAGCACCGAGCAGACCCCCAACGGCAAGGUCGCCCGCGCCAUCAAGCAGAUCUCCGAGCGCGCCUCGUCCCGUAUUUCCACGAUCGCCGGUGAGAUUGCUCUGCGCCGCCAGAACAUCCGCGACGGAGCCAACGCCUCUGGCAUCCGCACCAAGCCCAUGGUUACCAUCACGCACAAGUCCAACGUCCUUUCCCAGACCGACGGUCUCUUCCGCGAGACCGCCCGCGCUGCCCUUGCCGCCCAGAAGUUCUCCUCCGUCGAGGUCGAGGAGCAGAUUGUCGACUCUAUGGUCUACAAGCUCUUCCGCCAGCCCGAGUACUACGAUGUCAUUGUUGCCCCUAACCUCUACGGUGAUAUCCUGUCUGAUGGUGCUGCUGCUCUGGUUGGCAGCUUGGGUCUUGUGCCUAGCGCCAACGUCGGUGACAACUUCGCCAUUGGUGAGCCCUGCCACGGCAGUGCCCCUGACAUUGAGGGCAAGAACAUCGCCAACCCCAUUGCUACUCUGCGCAGCGUUGCUCUCAUGCUUGAGUUCCUGGGCGAGGAGCAGGCUGCUGCUAAGAUCUACGCCGCUGUUGACGGUAACCUCGAUGAGGGCAAGUACCUGUCUCCCGACAUGGGCGGCAAGGCUUCCACCACCGAGGUUCUCAACGAUGUCCUCAAGAGACUGUAA